CGGCCCCCGCGGGCCCAGGCGGAGCGGCUCCGGGCGGCCGGCGGCAGAGCCGCGGCAGCUCCCCGCAGGGUCGGGAUGGGGCUGGAGCUGUACCUGGACCUGCUCUCGCAGCCCUGCCGCUCCAUCUACAUCUUCGCCCGGAGCAACAACAUCCCCUUCGAGUUCAAGCACGUGGAGCUGUUCAAAGACUCGGUGCUGGGGAAGAAGCCGGCGGCCGGGAGCGGAGCGGAGCAGCCCCUUGCAGGGCCAUCAAACAGUGAAGGUGCAAGCAAAGUCAGCCUCUUGAAGAAAGUACCAGCACUGAAGGACGGAGACUUCACCCUUGCAGAAUGCACUGCCAUCCUGCUGUACCUGAGCCGCAAGUACAACACUCCUGACCACUGGUACCCCUCGGACAUUCAGCAGCGGGCCCGUGUGGAUGAGUACCUGUCCUGGCACCACGCCAACAUCCGGGCCAAUGCCCCUAAGACCAUGUGGAUCAAGGUGUUGAUUCCCCUCUUCACAGGGCAGCCACUGCCCUCGGAGAAGCUCCAGGAGGUUAUGGAGGGGCUGUCCACUUCCCUGAAGCAAUUUGAGGAGAGGUUUCUGCAGGACAAGGCUUUUAUCAUUGGGAGUGAGAUCUCCCUGGCAGAUCUUGUGGCCAUUGUGGAACUGAUGCAACCUGUUGGAGUUGGCUGUGACAUCUUUGAAGACAGACCCAGGCUGAGGGAGUGGCGCAGGCGGGUGGAGGAUGCUGUGGGGAAAGAGCUUUUUUUCCAAGCCCAUGAGAUGAUCCUCAAUAUCAAAGAACUGAGCAAUAUUCAAAUUGAUCCACAGCUGAAAGAGCAACUGGCACCUGUGCUGAUGAAGAUGUUGAAAUGAAUUAACCUAUCUUAGCAUUUGUCCUGCCUUUUUUUUUCUUUUUAACUUCUUCUCUGACAUCCAGUUCUCCAUGUAACUGGAAAGAGCACUGUAAUUCUAACACAGAAAUUGCAGAGUGGGCCAGAUAUUUCUUGUAUCUUUGGGGGUGGAAGUGGGGAAUGUUUAUAACCUAAAACAUUAAAUUUAUACAGAAGGCUGAGGCCCUACAGGUCA